AUCGCGAUUGGUGGCAUCGUCCGAUCAGGCUGCUUAAGGCUGCUUAGCCUCGACAGAAGCGCCCACUUACUACUCGAUUCCAUCGGCCACUACAGGGCCACUAGCUUGAGUGCAGUCCACGCACUGUACCACUCGCUCAGGACUGUUUGAGUGCGCUCCAUACGUAGACCGCCGCGUCAUCUUAUACCUGGCAUAGCAGGCGGCCGCGAACAUGACACACCGAAACAUCUGGCUUGACUGUGACCCAGGACACGAUGACGCAACUGCAAUUCUGCUCGCGGUGCAUACCCCAGGAGUGAGCUUACUGGGCAUCUCUACGGUGCAUGGCAAUGCAAGUGCAGAAAACACCAACAACAACGCGGCGCGAUGCCUCUAUGCCUUUGCUGCUCCCGAGGAUAUCAAGAUCUAUCCUGGGUCUACUAAGCCGUUGAUUAGACCAACAAGACACGACCCCGAGAUACACGGGAUCGAUGGGUUAGGAGGGGUAGAGGGACUUCCGCCAGGAACAUACAAACCUGUUCAAGAGCGGCUGAAGCACCCAGGACGAGUCCCCAAGGCUAUCGAUGCCAUUGCGAGGGCCGUCGAGCAGACCUGGAAGGAUGGCGCAGGUGACAAAGUUACGAUCAUCUCGUCUGGCCCGAUGACAAAUAUCGCGCUCUUCGUGAGUGUGUAUCCGGAACUACUAGGGGGAAUAGAGGAGUUCGUCUUCAUGGGUGGUGGUGUUGGUAUCGGCAACCGCUCUGCAUCAGCCGAAUUCAAUAUCCUCUGUGAUCCUGAAGCUGCCCAGAUCGUUUUAGACGUCCCGGUCAAGAAAACCAUGAUUCCCCUCAAUGUCACCCACACCGCGAUCGUUACACUGGAGACUCUUCGCAAACUGCUCUCAUCCGACGCGCCAUACUCUCCAGGCGUCGCACCGGUCAAAGCGUCCACGAAUCUUCGCCACAUGCUAUGGACGCUUAUCUGGUACUUCGCCGAGUCAUACAAGUCGACUUUUGGCUUCAUGCACGGCCCGCCCCUGCACGAUGCGCUCACCAUCGCGUAUGUGUCUAACCCGGAGUUGUUCAAGUGCAAGAGGUAUCGAGUGGACGUAGAGCUCAGCGGGACGCACACUGCCGGAGAGACUGUAGUUGACAUAUGGAAUUAUCGGUCCUGCGAUGACUCCUGGGGACGCGAUGGGAAGAAUUGCAUGGUUGCAGAGUCUUUAGAUGUUUCCGGCUUCUUCCAGCUUUUCCUGGACUGCGUUUCCCGUUGCGAUGCGGUUUCGCCAUUGAAUCAAUAGAUCUCGCUCCCGGUAUAUAGGAUAACCAUAGAUGCGGACGUAAGUUCAGUUUCCUUGGUCAGAGAAGCUACACUCCAGCUGUACACCGACUAGCCGCUGCCCGUGGAUCGCUCACAUGUCGUCGCCGAAUAUAUCAAUGGACUGUCUGACCGCUCCAGAGCUGUCCACCAGAAGAUUGUCAGAGCAGGACGAGCCCAGGGCAGCAUUCCCAAUCCAUCCAGGCUCCCAGUAGUCUGUAAAAUCGACUCAGUCGGUGAAGAUGAACCGCGCAUAAGAUGUUCGAUCCCUACAUAUUCCCUGCCCCAGCCCAUUG